AUGAUUUUCAUAUUGCUCAUCGCUGUCUGUGGUGUCGCCGUCGCCUCGAAUAAUACCAAGUUGGAGUUCGUAUUCGGUGCGGACUGUAAUCCUUUGCUGCAAUGCGAUGAACAUUAUUCUGUGGCAACAUUUGCGAAGGUCAACUGGUUCGAGGCCCAUCAAAUAUGUAACAGCGUGGGAGCCGUUCUGGCCACGGUGAACAAUCGGGAUCAGCAUUCGCUCAUGCUGCAGCGUGUCAAACGAAGUAAUUUGGUUUUGGCCGAUAAACGCUUCUGGCUGGCCGCCACAAAUCUGGUGGAACGCAGCAGCCUGGGGACCUGGACUUGGCUGAGCACUGGGCUACCCAUGACGUACAGUCGCUGGGCCAGGAAAGAGCCCCGCUCGAAUAAGACUCACGGCGAUGCCUGCCUUGUGCUGGGCCAGGACACCAAGUGGCACAGUGCACCCUGCAAUGAGAAGAUCAGUUUUAUAUGCGAGAAUAUUUGUCUAUUGAAUGAGACCAUUAUAAACAAUCAAAUAUAUGUUUAAAGUGCAAUUAAAUGCGAAAAAGUAUCAACAAGAA